CCCCUUCUCACCUUCACUCACUCACUCGCAUAAACCCUCUCGAUCUCAAGCCACCUCCCCUUCCUCCAAACUCUCCAUCUUCAUUCACCCUUUCCGGGAGAUCAGACUCGUCCACUCUGUUCUUUUCCUCCACAGUCAUCACCAUGGCCAGCGUCGAGGUUGCUCCAGCAUCUGUCGAGGUAAGCACAACUGCAGAACAAGUGAGCGAGCAGACCACCGUAGUGGAGGAGAAACAAGCACCACCAGAACCAGUCUCCGAGGAGACCCCUGCCGCCGAGCCAACGCCAGAGGCCCCAGUGGUGGAGGAGAAGCAGGAGGCAGUGGUGGAGGCGGAAGUGAAGGUGGAGGAGGAAGCAGCGCAGCCGGUGGAGGUUGUGGAGGCGAAGGAAGAAGAGGCCACGGCGGAGCCCCCAGCAGCUGAGGAGAAGAAGGAGGAGGUUGUUGAAGAGAAGGAGGAAGCAGCAGCGGUAGAGGCAGAGGCGGAGACUAAGGUGGUGGAGGAAGAGGUGGCGGAGGUACCUGCUCCUGUUGCUCAGGAGCCAGAGGCACCACCAGCCACAGAGGUGGUGCAGGAGACCGUCGUCGCUGCAGAGGAGACCGCUGUUGCUGAGUAGAAAUCAUGUUUGGUGAAUAUGAGAGUUUUGGUCUUUUGAGAUUAUGAGCUCUGUUAGCUGGUGAGGGAAUAAUAUUAGCUAGGUGAUUAUUGGCUACUGUCAGUCGGAUCAGUAGGCACUUCUUUUUUUUUUCCAUCAGUGUAUGUUGUUUGAUGUCAUGUUGAAGCUGCAGUGUGUUCUUUAUGUAAAAGGAGAAUUUACUUUC